GCAAGACCACCAUCUUAUCUCUUCUGCUCUUCACUCUCAACAGUAGACAGUAGACAUGCUUUCCAUAACAUGCACACCACUUUCCUCUCCUUCUCACACCAUUCUAAAUCCAAACCACAACCCUCUAUUGGGUGCAGCUGCAACUUCAAGGCCAUAUUUUCUCCCUUUGAAAAGAAGAACUUGCUUCACUACUAGAGCUCUACUUUCUUCCACCAAAGAAUUUGUCUUGAAGGAUUUCAACGAACGAAGAGCCCUCAAGAUUAUCUCAGGCUUGGAGAAUUUCAAUAAAGAAAAUAUUGCUUCAGUUGUCACUGCUGCAGACAAGGGUGGAGCAACUCACGUGGAUAUAGCAUGUGACCCUGAGUUGGUGAAGCUAGCUAUCAGCUUAACUUCUUGUCCGGUCUGUGUUUCUUCUGUUGAUCCUGCAACAUUUCCAGCUGCAGUUGAAGCAGGAGCACUAAUGGUUGAGAUUGGAAACUAUGAUUCAUUCUAUGAGAAGGGAAUGGUUUUUACUCCUGAGAAGAUUUUAGCUCUAACCAAGGAGACAAGGAGGAUACUUCCAUCUGUAGCCUUGUCUGUCACUGUUCCUCACACACUAAGUCUCCCUGAUCAGGUCAAGCUUGCAGAGUUGCUGGAACAAGAAGGUGUAGAUAUUAUUCAAACUGAGGGAGGAAAAUGUUCUAAUCCUACAAAAUCUGGUGUCAUGGGUUUGAUUGAGAAGGCAACACCAACUUUAGCAGCAGCAUAUUCUAUCUCACGAGCUGUUAAGAUCCCUGUCAUGUGCUCAUCUGGGCUCAGUGCUGUCACAGCACCUAUGGCUAUAACAGCUGGAGCCGCUGGUGUGGGUGUGGGAUCUGCUGUUAAUAAACUUAAUGAUGUGGUUGCCAUGAUUGCUGAGGUCAGAAGCAUUGCAAGUUCAUUGCAGACAUCAUUUCAGAUAUGCACUCCGCAUGAAGUGGAAGCUCAAAGACAGCAAGAAAAAGCUGAAGGUGGUAGAGCCACUAGCUACUACUAGGUAGUGAAUAAAGCAUGCAAAGAAAAUUUGGAUCCUUCCUGAAUAAUAUGAACUGUAGGCUCCAUAUUUCUUUGUUCUUUCUGUUUUGGACUUGUUCUAAUCCAAAUUUUUGUACUGCUGGAUGUUAAUCCCGCAAUGUUAAAGAGUUAAUAGCAAUAAUGAGCUAUUUGGU